AUGCGGCUGCCGGUGUCGACUUGCAUUCCCAUCUCCCCAGGGCCGACCGGCUUGCCGCCGGUAUGGACGGCCACACAUGCCCGAGUUCCUUUGCUGGCCGUGUGCUCGAGCAACAGCGAAGAAGUACAUGUCAUUAGUAAACAUGGGGCUCCCAUCGCGUGCAUUCAGCAUGUCGAGGCCGCCAAUGAAGGCCGGGCGAGUCAGCUCGGCCGCGUCAGCGCUCUCACCUGGCAUCCUCGGCAGACGGCGGUUUUUGUGGGGUGGGCAUCGGGGCGAGUGUCCUGCUGGAGGCAGGAAGGAGGCUCGAGCAAUCCAUCGGAAGGCCUACGUGGAGAAGGGAGAGUCGAGGCUGUUGACAUCCGCCACAAGGCCCCCAUCAGCGGAAUUGCGUUUUCUACUGCUGGACGGCUGUGCGUCAGCACAGACCACGCUGGAGCGGUCGUUGUGUCCUCAGUUGAGGCGCCCGAGCGGUCACCAGCGACUUUUUCCACGGACUGCGAGUACAGGCAGCAAAGCAGUGUCCGCUUCGUGGCUUUCCGACUACGGGGUAGCGGUUCCUUGGGAACGCAUGAGAAGCCAACGUUUUUUCUGACUGAAAACUCCACAGUGGUCUACGAAGCUGACCACCGCGGUUUGCGCUCUCGCAGAUAUACAUCGACUGAGCCGCUGGUGUUCGUGGACUACAUGGCCGCCGCCGACAGCCUGGUGAUAGUGUCGGCUCAAGGGUGUCUGACGCAGUUGGGUCUUCCAGACGACGGCCGGCCCCGAGUUCUGCUGCAGAGCAAGCUGGACGGGUUCUCCAACCCCGGCCUCACGCCCCAGUUUGCUUGGAUGGAUGACGCCAGCUUCGCAUUCAUCACACAGGACCCAAUUGUUCGGUUUUGGAGCUUUGUGACCCGAGAGAGCCACGUACUGAGCCUUCACGCAGAGACGGGCGACGACAGCCUCGCUGGCGACGGCCCGUCAAGUCUCGCCUUCAGCAAACGCACAAACUCGCUUUUUGUCGGCACAGAGAGAGGCCACAUCGUUCGGUGCAGGGGCCGGCAGGCAGCCACCUCCUCAGACUCCGCGUGGGAGAGCUGCGAACUCAUUCAUCAAGAGAAGGACAGUUGCUUGGGCAUGACUCUUUUCAACAAUGACGAUGAGAUCCUUGCCAUCUGCGGGAAGACGGCAGUGCGCGUAGUGUCGUGGAUUCAGCCGGCCGUCGCGGCUCACGCGGGUCUCCUCGCUCUCCAAACAGGCCUCACGGAGAUCACUUUGUUUACGGAAAGCCCCAGAGGGCAGACAUAUGGCGCGAAGUCGCCGCCAGAGGCUUCAAAGGACGCCUCCAGUCUGUCACUCUCUCCCCCCGCGUCCGCGAGCGUCUCGCGGCCGUCGCCUUUGUCUGCCAAGCUCACCACUGGGCAGCCCGUCACGGCGCUGAGUCUCAAUGAAUCGACGCUGGCGGUGGUCAGCGCUUCCCAAGUCACGGUUUUCACAAUUUGCCAGGAGCAGGAAAGUCUGGUUGCGUCUCGCUUGUCUUCGUUCGAGACACAGGGAGUGACUGCAGCGGUGACUUACGUCGCAGGAGCCGCGACGACCCUUUUCUUAGCUACCCCGCGAGGGGUGUCGCUAACCUCUCUCGAGGGCGAAGAGCGCGGACUUCUUCGGCCCAGACACCUCAGUGAAGGGAGUGCCCCCGUCCCCAAGCUGCUCUGGUUAGACGGGCACACACUGGGAAUGAUCAGCGAAGACAACGCCGUGUUUGUGUGGACUCUGGGGAACGGCACCCCAACGCUCCGAAGUGCUGGCACGGUGGAGGCGCCCCUCGCAGGAGACAAGUCCAUGAGUGUGAAGUCCUUGACCGGGGCGAGGGAUGGCAGCAAGCUUGCCUUCAUUUUGAGAAAGAGCAGACAGAUCAAAUGCGAGUCGCAAAGCAGAUGUGCUGCUGUGAACGGCAGUGGUGACGCCCGCCCGCUGCUCGACGCUGAGUCCGUCAGGACAGAACACAUGGCCCCAGAGACAACCGAAGACACGCUUGCGAUCUACGACGUAGCAAGCUCUAGCCUCAGAAUGUACGACCCAGAAACUCUGGGGAGCCGCAUGCUGAGCUUCCUUCGGUGGGAUGAGCGAGACUCGCGCCUGCUUGCAAUCUGCGUGUGGCGACUUUCCCACGCGAGCGACGGCGCUCCUCGGCUCGAGACGCCCGUCGCGCCCACCUUCUCGGGGGAGGGUGGUGCCCUUCGGCCUCACCUGCUCACGUACUUCAUCGACAAGGAUGGAGACGUUGCUCAACAGGAGUGCAUCCCGUCGUUCAUCACGGCCAGAAGACCGAACUCUGCGUCGCUGUCCGCCCCCAGGAAACACGGGAAUUUUUGGACAGCUUUGGGGCUUUCGGAUGAUCCCGGGGCUGCUCCAGAUAACCAGGGGGGCGCGCUUCAUGUCCAGCAUCUGCUGCCCCUGAGCGUGGCGACGCCUUUUCUCUCGUUUGUAUACUUCGAGCCUGCCUUCGGUGCCGCCAAUCUAUCCGCCUCGCUGCUGGGGCACCGGCAGUCAGUAGAGGGGGCAGGGACAGACGAUCUGAAAAGGGACUCGUGGACCUUGACACGCGCAAGCGAUGCGCAGAUACGACGGCGUGAGCCUUCGCCGUCAGAGGGCGGGCUGACCGGCCUGAAGGUGGCGCAGCGCCAGUUGGCUUUCCCUGUGUUCGUGAGGAGAUUGAUGCGCGACUUCCGCGGGCUCGACGUGGACGUCCUGCCCGAGGCUGCCAUCUCUUCCAUCAUGGACUUCUCUUGCCAUUUGGCCUUCAACAACACUGAGAGUGUGACCUAUGCGCUGAACUUCGACAUGCCCGAGGGGCUACGCAUGGAACUGGCGAAGAUGAGUAUAAGAACGAGGCGGCUCGGAAUUGCUCUCAAGUGCCUGGGCAAGCUCAAGUUGCCUAAACUCCACGCAGCUCUGAGGAAGGCAGAAAAUGAGGCAGACGAAGUCAAGCUCGCACUGGCGGCGAUACACCUGGGUCUCCACGAGGAAGUGGAGCCCCUGUACAGGAGCUGCGGAAGACUCGAUCUUCUGCAGACCUGGCUGCAGGCCAAUGCCCGAUGGGAGGACGCUCUCCUGGUUGCCGAAGACGCGGGCCGUCUUCACGCACUUCGCACGCACGCCCUGCACAGUCACUAUCUUGAGAAUGCCGGCGACUGGGGCAACGCCCUGCAUCACCUGCAGCUCGCCUGCCCCCGGCCCUGCGCCCCUUCGCGGGGUCGCGGGGGCCCGCGGGCUUCUGACCCAUGUCGUUCGCGCGCAUCAAGCCUGCCAUCGGAUCUCUUGGCCGGGACGGCGAGUUACUCCCCUUCUGCGGGAAAUGGCAAGGAGGCCGCGGCUGAAGAAGGCCCGUGCUUACCGCGGCUGGCGGCAGACGCGAGUGGAGGCCUGCGACCCGAAAGCCCCAGAGUCCUGCGCCUCGCGGGGAGAGCGGGAGACGUCGGCGCGUACUUAGACCGCCAGGCAGAUCCCCACUUGUACAGGUGGUGCGGCCGCCUCACAGAAAUGCAAGCGUGGGUAGCGCAGGACGGGGCAGGCGCGUCAGGGGCACCCGCGAGCCUUCGCAACCCACAUAGCUGGAGUGCGUCUCUCCCCAGCCUACCGGCCGCCCCGCGAUCCUGCGCGGGCGCAGCGGCGAGCGGCCUUCAGGACGGCGCAAGCCGAGAAGCGAGUCUGAGCCCACAGACUAGGCGGAGAAAAGCGCUGCUGAAGCAGGCGCUAGAGUGGUACUGGCGCGGGAAUUUGCUCAGCCAUCAGGUGCGCGUGUUGUGCGCCCUGGAUCAACUCGACGCGGCCCGAAAGAUCUGCACCGACAGCGGCGAUAAAGGCGCUAGCCUCGUUCUAGCGCAUGAACUCGAAAGGCGCGGCCAUGUGCGGGAUGCCGUGAGGUUCUACACGAACGCUGGGGAACUGCGGAAAGCUCUCAGCCUCGGGCAGUACGACGGUCUCGAGACUGACUUGAUGGCGGCGGCCCUCAACGCGGGUCAAGACGACAUGGUAGCGGCUGCGAUUUGCUUCUACGAGCGGCGCGAGUACGAGAAGGCUGUGGCGCUUUUCCGUAAGGCGGGUCAGCUCGACACGGCCCUUCAAGUGUGUCUCACAGCAAAUUUGCGAGAGUCCAUGCGGCUUCUGUCUGAAGAAGCAACUCCUUCCAGCGAUCCGCUCGUCAUCGAGGCGUGUGCCAAAGUCUUGGUAGAAGCUGGAAUGAUUGACAGAGCUAUUGAGCUCCUCGCGAAGACCAAACGCUUCGAUGCGGCCCUGCAUCUGUGCGAAACCCGAAAUGUGGCUCUUUCGGAGAGCCUCGUCAACGCCCUCACCCCGAGCAAGGAAGAAGCGAUCUACUGCCUGCCUGCGGCAGUUACGAGUGCCGGCGGCAGCGAAGGGACUUCUGCCGAGCACUCGGCAGAAUCAGAAACAGAUUCGGACCAUCAAAUGAUAACUGCUCUAGAAGCCCGACGCGCAGUGCUGAUCAGGCUGGGGGAACUUUGUCUAAAGCAGGAAAUGUUCCAUCUGGCCUGCAGAUCCUUUACUGCCGCCCGGGAGAAAGUGGCAGCUGUCAACUGCCUGUUAAAGACCCGCGACACAGAAAAAUUAAUCUACUUCGCAAAUACGGCGCGAGACCCCGAGGUGUACGUCGCUGCGGCGAACUAUUUACAAGGCUUGGAUCAUUUCGCCGACGAGGCGUUGCGGGGACACAUCGUCUCCUUUUACCAGAAAGCAAACGCCUUUCCCAAGCUUGCUGCAUUCUACAUCAAUCUGGCUCGACGGGAAAUAGAACAAUACAGCGCCUACGGAAGGGCACUCGCAGCGUUGCAAGAGAGUCGAAGUUAUCUGAUCCACUGUCCAGACGCAGCAAAGAAGAUUGGCUUGGUAGACGCUCGCAUCGAGAUAAUUGACAGAUAUCUGGAUGCAAAAGAACUGUGUGGUGAGGAUCCGGAAGGCAUGAUUGCGAGUUUGCUCUCGCUCCUGGAGACGCCAGGCGCUGAGAAAGUCCUCAAAUUGGGAGACGUCUUUGCAGAUAUGGGCAGGUACUAUGCGUCCGUAAGGGAUUUCCCAGCUGUUAUUUCGGUGUUAAAGGAAAUGCAACAACGUAAUAUUCCCGUGUUGGAGUACAUGAGCCGAGAUAUGGUUAGGAACGCAUGCGCAGCCGUAAGAAGUGCAGUGGGUGACGAGCCGUUGUCUGCUAGUCGGGGCACCGAACUCGGGAAUACAGAAUUUAGCUCCGCGCUUGCGGAAGGAUUCAAGAGCGGUCAGGAAACGCUCCCCCAGUUAGUGGAUGUCAAAUACAGUUUUGACGCACCAUCCUCCAAAGUCGACUCCAUAAGAGAAAUAGAAUAG